GGCAAAGAAGGGAAGGAUGGCGGCAGGCGGCGAAGUACAUGCAGCCCCGGCGCAAGCUGUGGUCUUGAAUGUGCCUCCUCGUCGCGGUGAGAGACGAAUGCGCUCUGCACGGGCCAUCCCUAGCUGAUUGUGGCAAUUCCCAGUGUGAGUCACAACGGGCUGGGCCGUGCGUCCACAGGUUGAUCGCAGUCGAACACGCACACCGAAACACACCGAUGAAGCGCACUCCCUCCACGGCGGGCGAAUGACCUCGUGAGGAAUGUAGCAUACGUCGGUCAACGGUUUCGUUCCAAUCGCGCGCUGUGUAACGCGACGGGGUAUAUUUGGAACCGACAACGGAACUUAGCACCGCGAAAAACGGCCCUCGCUGUACUGAGCCAUGCAGCACGGCGGGCGAGGCGCGUUGGACGACCCGCCCCAGACGACAGAGUCUCCAUCACCGUCGAGUCGAGGCACAACAGACGGAAGUGGGGCCACGGACGCCGCGUUUAGCCAUCCAGAGGACAUGGUCGCACCGUCCAAUUCGUGUGAUGAGGAAGCAGGUUCUGUCAGUGACGACGACAGUCUGUGUCCAGAGGGAAUGGAGGGAGAGCUUGUCAUGAAGUCGUGUCUCCACGAGAAAGGCUCGAGGGGCGGCGGGUUCUUCCAUCGACUCGUCGGUGGCAAGCAGCACAAAUAUCAGGUCGGCAAAGCCUCCGCCGCCAUCGUGACCAGCCUCGAAUCUGUUUCCACGACGGCCAUUGCUUCCUUCGCUGGGACAGGGGACGUCCUGCGGCAUAUACCGCCUUUGACUCGCACUUCGUCCGACGUGAUGGAGGACAUUCCACUGCACGAAGACCAUUCUACGACGACCUCGACACCGUUUCACGACCAGGGCAGUCCGUACCCCGACGCCCAGACCACGUUUGUCGCUCCCGAAGUCGUGAUCCACGACUCGCCGGCCAAACCCUCGACGAGAGAAGCCAACGACGCCGUCAAAGUCGGCUACAGGCACCCAAUCCUUCACAAACAGAGCUCGUGCAUUGACUCGAGUGGCAGUUCGAGCGCCACAGACGAAGUGCCCACACUACUUGUGCUUCUCACCAUCGUCAGCGCGUCCGGCUUGCUCAAAGUGCACAAGUUUGGCGUGCAGGCGCCGUACCUGGAAAUGAAGAUCAGUUCGGACGAAGCGUCGCCAUUCCGGACAGCAGAGUGCAAGAAAGGCGGCACGGAGGCAGUGUGGAACCAAUCGUUUACCCGGCGGCUCCAUUCACUCGACGAUUCGCUCUACGUGGCGGCGAAAGCCAGCACCACCGUGAUCGGCGACCUCGUUGUGUCGUUUCGGUCGUUGGGGUUGUCGACAGAGCUCACGAAUCACACACUAGAGUUGACUCGAGGCAAGGCCGCCGAGCGGGUAGGAACCAUUUGUCUGCAGUGCCGAGUCUUGGACCCGACGGCACCAGGCGUAACACCAGUGAUCGCCGCCGCCCCCAUCGCACCUCUUCCCCCGCAACAGCCCGUGCUUCCAAUGCCGUCGUGCGUCGACAAGCCCGUAGAGCCCAAGGUGUCUGUGGCCAAAGUCAAGUACAACGACGUCGGGGCGUCCGUGGACAACGGUGUCUGGGACGCCGCGAUUCGAAAAGGCGCGCUCAUGUUCAAGAUCCCGUACCACCAGAGCAGCGGCGCGGCGCCAAAGCGCAAGUGGGUGGCGCUGCAAGACCUGCCCAAGAAGGGACUGUGCAUCACAUGGAGCGACCCGCAUAACCCGGUCGAGUCGAGCCACCACCUCAUUGCGCUCCACGACGUUGUCGAAGUCAAGACAGGCAUCAAGACGAUGGCAUUUCGGAAACAACAUGCAGCGCACAGCAAAGGCAACACGUUUUUCCACGAAGACGUGUGUUUUUCGCUCAUUUCCGCGUCGCGAUCGCUCGAUCUGGCGGCCGCAAGCAAGGAAGAGGCGGCGCUGUGGGUCGCGUCCGUCCGACGGAUGCUCCAGCACCAAACGACCACAUCAUCGACGGCGUCAUCUUCCGUUGUCGUGGGCCUCCGGACGUCGGCCAAGAUCAUGCAAGACUUCAAGACCGCGGCCACGACACCCAUACGAGACAAAUCGACGCACGCCAUGUGGAUGCAGGACCUGUUCCGGUAUGCCAAGGCGCAGCAGCUGUCGGAGAUUGCCCACUUUCUUAUGGAUGGCUGUCCCGUCGAUCUGUUGGAACCUCAAACAGGCGACACGAUUCUCUUUCUCGCGUGUCGGUCGGGAUACGUUGCGCUUCUCGAGCUUUGCCUCAAGUGGGGCGCCAAGAACGACCCGCACCCGACGUUCGGGGACACUGCCCUCCAGAUCGCUGUCAAGGCAUCGCAGCCGGAAUGCGUCCGGCAGUUGCUCUCUAUUGCAGCCAAGAGCGACAUGGACACUGAGAUCGUGAACCACGUCGAUCAUGCCAACCAAGCGCCGCUACACGUCGCGGCGUCCCAGGGAGAUGUGGUGUGCUUGCAGCUCCUGCUUCACCACGGCGCCGACAUUUGCGUCGUUCAGGCCAACGGCCACACGCCGCUCCAUUGCGCGGUGCUCGGUGGCCACGAGAGCUGCGUCGCGUACAUUUUGGACGUGGGAGGCGACGCGAUCAUCAACACGGGCGAUGGCCUCGGCAACACGCCGCUGCACUGCGCGGUGCAACUCGGCCACGAACGCCUGGUCAAGUUGCUUCUCGAGAGCGCGGCAGACGUGACUGUUGUCAACAACGACAACUUGACGCCAUACAAGCUCGCGCGGCGCCUCCCCAAGCUUCGCGCGAUUCAAGCGCUGUUGGCCAUCUACGAACCGGAGCCGCCUCCGACACCGUCCAAGGAACAGCCGCGCAACUUGUGGCAAUCGACUCCCCAGUCGCAAUCGGCGCGAUUGCAAGUUCGAGACGCGUUGAUGAAGCACAAGUCGCAGAAUUUCCUGAUGCCGUCCCCCGCCAAGUCGUUGAGCGCCCGAUCCGCGUCGGAAGGCGAGUUUGACGGGUACACAAGCAGCAGCUCGACCACAUCCAACUGCGUUGGCGACGGGACCGUCAACAGCACGUCGUCUGGGUCGUUCUACUGUCACGAAGUGCACCCCACAUCACCAUACUAUCCCGCCGACACAAGCAGCAGCGCUCACCACCCCACACAACCCGUGCCACCGCGACUGCCGCCGCAUUCCCACGUCGUUCCGCCGUCCCACCAGUACCCGACCUACGCCACGUACGACUGGCAGCACGAAUGGGAGGUCAAAUACACUGACGAUGGCCAUGCCUACUACGUCAACCUGUACACGGGUAUGUCACAAUGGGAAGCCCCGCCCGCUUUGCACGGCUACGAUCCGUACGCCACUUGUUUGUACGAUCACCAGCUGCCUGCCGUUCCAAUGAACACAAACUCUGUCUACGAUUCCAGCAGUCAGUACAUCCGGGCGCACUUGAUUCGUUCCCACAACAGCGCCGACACGACCCACCACGUCAUUGCACCACCUCCACCCGCCGUGUACGCAAGCCCUGCCUUCCCCACGUCACUCGUCUAUCCCCCCCCUUCCACGACGUCAGCUACGUCGUCCCCGACGGCAUCUCCCCGCUCCAAAACGAGUUUUUCCGAGCGCCGAAAAAUGGAAGGGCUGACCAUGGAGCCGCUCAAAGUUGUGACCGCGCUGCCCGACCAAGGUCCAACUUUAAAGCUCGAAAAACUCAACGACGAAAGCGACAUUUUCCAAAAGUCGCGUUCGCGGUCGCCGAAAGGCAAGUCGAAAACGGUCAAAGUACUCGACAUCAAGCGCGCCAACAACAUCGUCAUGACGCUGUCCGACUUUGAAUUCCACACGCAGUUUGACAAGAUCACCCAAGCCAUCGUGGACAUGGACGACCACGCGCUCAACUUGGAAAAAGUUCGGUGCCUCAAGGGCCUCUUCCCCACGGACGACGAGAAGGAAUCGCUACUCGCGCGACAAGCGGACAAAGGCGAGUUUGGCAAAGCGGAAAAGUUUAUGAUGGCGUGCCUAGAAGUGGACGACAUCAACAUUCGAGCCGACUGUUUUCUGUUCAAACUAAAGUUUGCCAGAACGAUGGCCCAGCUAAAAACCCGCGUACACAUUGUUCUGUCGAUCUGCCAAGUCAUUCUCGACACCCCUGCUCUGUGCACGGUCGUGCAGCAGAUGCUCGAGGACAAGAAGCAAAAGGUCAUGUGGGAAGAUGACAAGUACAAACAGCUCCUGGACACCGCCAUAGCCGCUGGCGAUGUUGCCACCGACCAAAUGGGCAAACUCCGGCAGGUCGAGUCGGUGCCGGAUCUGUCGUGUUUACUACGAUCUGAGCUGCAAGACGUCCUGGAUUCCCUCAUCAAUGGGUGCCGGACAUGCCAGAAUCUCUUGUCUCAAGCCAAGGCCAGGCUCAAGCAGACAGAGUUGUCGGCGACGAGCCCUUCCAACCCAACCACCCUCAUGGGCGCGUCCGCCGUCGCCGAAUUCGAGAGGUUCAUCAAGGCGAGUGUCGGCGAAAUCAAUGACGCCACGGACGAGUUUCGCCAAGCGAAAGCGUGGGAAAACAAGCUCGUGUCGGAAUUUGGCGCCGUCCUUGAAGACUUUAGUCCGCACGAGAUCCUGUGUGCAGUCAAGGAACUGAUCGCAUAGCAACGAUAGUCCAAUAGUUCGGGUAGUUCGCGUUAACGUUAGGUCCAAUGGAAAAAUCCACGUCGGAUGCAGUCUUGAGGGGGAUCCAUCAAGGCGAAGGCAUUCGUACAGAUGACUGCAACAGC